UCCCUCGCUGACGGGACCUUUAGCCAUGCUGGACCCCGCAGGACACUUCGCAAAAAGAAAGAAGACGUCUCUUUGGUUCACUGUGGCUUUGUUAGUAGUAUCUACUUUCAUAUUGACCAUAGGCCUUGCAGCUACCACAAGAACAGAAAACGUAACUGUGGGAGGCUAUUACCCAGGAAUAAUUCUUGGCUUUGGGUCCUUCCUAGGGAUUAUUGGUAUUCAUCUGGUAGAGAACCGGAAGCAAAUGCUGAUAGCAUCCAUUGUGUUCAUCAGCUUUGGAGUGGUAGCAGCUUUCUGUUGUGCAAUAGUUGAUGGUGUGUUUGCCGCACGGCACAUAGAGCCUAGGCCUUUAUAUAAUAAAAGAUGCCAGUAUUAUUCGAGUGGAGUAGGAUUCCUCUAUGACGCCUACCAGACAGAGGUAACAUGUUACACCUUGAACAGUAAAUGCCAGCUUAGAGUGAAGAGCAACACGUGCUAUUGUUGUGAUUUGUACAACUGUGAAAACUCAGAACACUCCACCAGCUAUUACGAGUACCUUGGUGUGAACAGCUGUCAGGAUGUGAUUCACCUGUACCGGCUACUCUGGUCCUCCACUGUCUUGAACAUCAUUGGAUUGUUUCUUGGCAUAGUUACCGCAGCAAUACUUGGUGCAUUUAAAGAUGUGCCCAACAACAAUUUCCCAGCAUCUUCAUCUACUGAUAUUUCCUUAUCUGAUGAUACCCAGCCACCAUCUCAGUCCAGUUCCAACUAUGGUCUUCCUCCCAAUGCCCCUCCAUUGUAUACACCAACUUAUUUCCUGUCUGGUGAAAAGCCUCCACCAUACGUCCCAUAA